AUGACAACUACAAUGACGGUCAAGUGUUAUAACACAAUCACUCUAGUACACCGAAGUACAAAACAACCAAACGAAUUGCAUUGUGUCACAUCGAAAUGUCAAAACGUUGACUGUAUCACUUUAAAUACACCCCAGAAAUUAAUUCAUUUAUUGUUUACAACAAUUACAAUUCUCUUUCUAUCUGCACAGAUUCUCGAAACUCGACGAAAAACUUCUUGUUCUGUCUUUUGCAUUUUAAAUCGAAUUGGUUUAUUGCUUAAAAUGUUGGUGUUAGUUCUGGGUGAUUUACACAUUCCACAUCGCUGCAGCAGUUUGCCAGCUAAAUUCAAGAAACUGUUGGUGCCGGGUCGUAUUCAGCAUAUUUUGUGUACGGGCAAUUUGUGCACCAAGGAGUCGUACGAUUAUCUGAAGACACUCGCCAAUGAUGUGCACAUCGUUCGCGGUGAUUUUGAUGAGAAUUUAAGUUACCCCGAACAAAAAGUGGUGACUGUGGGCCAGUUCCGUAUCGGAUUAACGCAUGGCCAUCAAGUUGUACCGUGGGCCGAUCCAGAAGCACUGGCUCUGGUGCAACGUCAACUUGAUGUGGACAUUCUCAUCUCGGGCCAUACACAUAAAUUCGAAGCAUACGAACAUGAGAAUAAAUUCUACAUCAAUCCCGGAUCAGCAACGGGUGCUUAUAAUGCAUUGGAAACAUUUAUCACGCCAUCAUUUGUCCUAAUGGAUAUUCAGAGCAGUAUCGUUGUGACUUAUGUGUAUCAAUUGAUCGGCGAUGAAGUGAAAGUUGAGAGAAUAGAGUAUAAGAAGAAUUGAAGGCAUUACAAUAAAACAAUAUCUAUAUAUAACAAGAUACGAAUGAGAAUGCAUGAUGGAAGCUGUCGAUCGCUUUGGUAUGGAUAUGGAUUAAAUAAGAUGGAUAUUUCAAAAAAUUCGAUUCAUUUAAUGGAUUCUUUUUCUUUGACAGCUCGUAUUCAAAUGAACACAUUUUAUUUGUAUCAAAAAUUUAACCCUCAAUAAACAUAUAUAUAUAUAUAUACACACGACUUUUGAACAA